AACCGAUCCAAACCGAUUCGAUCCCAGUUUUUAAAACAAAGUGAUGAUUGAAUGAAACCAGGCAGGCAAAAAGGGAAAGCCGCUGUGCCUAUGACUAUAUGAGCAUUUUGCGUCUGCUAUAGUUUGUUAAAAUUUUUAAUUGAUACCUUACGAGUAAUAAUAUCUCACUAUAUUUGCAUUUGUUUAAAUGAAAAUAGCAUUAAAUUUUCCUAUGCCUAUGGAGAUGGAAUCCCGUCACCCAUGCCGGGGUUUAUCAAGGGUUUUCACUUCACCGCAAUAGCGAACAAGCAAUUGAGAAUUACUGAGACAGAAAAGAAAGAAAGGACCAAACGAGGGCUGAAUCCGAAUUCUUCAGUAUGGCUUCCAUGGUUGCGGUUUGCAUCAGUUUCUACAGGACGAUACCCUUCCAAGCUUCAGAGGAAAUUGCAAGUGAGAGAAAAAAUUCAACUAGGUUGGCCUUCAACAGAUUUUCAAGCUACCGAGCCUCCAGGCCAGGUAACAAAUUGCAUAUAAGCAGUCAUUCAGAUACAGGAAGUUUUACAGCGAGUUCUGGUCGUGAUCAUCUUACAGCAUCCAGUAGACAUUGUUGUGUAACUAUUUCUGAACUUUUAGAUCCCAUGUUUAGUAACAGUGUAGUGCUAUAUGGUUAUUGGGUGGGGCCUGAUAUUGAAGAUGGAUGGGGUUAUAUAGAAGCAUUUGUAAGCCAAACUUUCUGAUUAUUGAAUGUUCUUGGACAUGUGUUGCAUAGUGAAGCCAAACCCUUUUAUUUUUUCAAAUGAUUAAUGAACCGUCAUAGCCCCCCGGAUGGGGAGAUUUUGUUUCU